UGAGGUACACUGCUCGACUGACAGUUUUUAUGUUGUUUGUGGCUGUUAAUCAACACCUUUUUAGGUCGAGGGGACAUAACUUAAAAUCCAUUUCCGAAUACUUUGUUGUUUGUUCUUUUUCUGAUUAAUUAUUUUUUAUAUGAUUAUUCUUUGGAAAUGAUAUCAGGGAGGUAACGGGUGAUUGUUGUCUUCGGAGAAAAUCACUUAGCCGUAAAAGCCGCUGCUCCUCCUCCUGCGGGCCUACUCGUUCCAAACGCACGCGAGAAGCAAAGACCAUUUAUUAUGAAUCGCUCAAGCCGUGUUUUGCGUUUUUUGGUUUGUUCAAACGCACCGAGGCUUCAUUCCCGCAAUGUCACCGUUUGCAGUCGUCUAUCGAGAGAUUUCAACUAUCCGAUGAGCCCGAACGAUAUGCCACGUGCCGGUGGAAUAGCUUCCAUGAUGCGACUUCCUGUACGAGAAACUGCGGAGGGACUGAAUGUUUGUUUUAUUGGGAUUCCCCUGGACUCUGGAACUUCAAACAGAUCUGGAACUCGCCUGGGCCCAAGACAAAUACGAGCAGAAUCAUGUUUGCUUCGCCCUUACAAUAAUGCCACAGGAGCAGCAUCAUUUGAAUCUCUCAUGGUUGCCGAUCUUGGUGACAUUCCUAUUAAUACAUACAACCUUGCUGCAACUGUGGAAAUCAUCCAUAAACAUAUUGCAACAAUUGCUGGUUAUGGCUGUGUACCUCUAGUUUUGGGAGGUGAUCACACUAUUUCAUAUCCUAUUCUUAAGGGAAUCAAGGUUAGUAGAGAUGUGACUGAUCAUUACUGGUUGAUCCUGCAGGGUUUUCGGUUGGUGUCUGCAAAGGAUUGUUGGCACAAGUCUUUGGAACCACUGAUGGCUGAAGUUCGUCAGCAGAUGGGAAGUGGCCCAGUCUAUAUAUCUUUUGAUAUUGACAGUUUGGACCCAGCAUUUGCACCAGGAACUGGAACCCCAGAAAUUGGGGGCCUCACCUCCAUACAAGGCAUAGAGAUUGUAAGAGGGUGCCAUGGAUUGAACAUUGUUGGUGGUGAUUUGGUUGAGGUCUCACCACCCUAUGACACAACUGGGACAACAGCUCUAACAGCAGCCAACUUGUUGUUUGAAAUGUUAUCUGUUCUGCCUGGGGUAAUUUACAAGUCAUAAGAUGCGCAAGUGUAUAAACUGUGAGCUCGUUUCAUGUAUUGUGUUGAAAUUUGUGGAAAGAUAGGAUAACCACAAAUAACUUGUAAAUGUGUCCCAUUGACCAAGUUCAAGGUCUGUACUGUAAGUUAUGGACAAUGCUUUUCUCCCCUUGGAAUUCUGUCCCAAGUGUAAAAGUGAAGUACAGGCCACUCAAUUGAGUGCUUGUAUUAACUGAGAGAUGUAAUAAUGUAAGUGUACCAUUCUAUUUUAUUAAAUGUGAGACAUAAACUUUGGUAACAUUUAAAAA